GCCGAGCGGAGAGAAACAAUCUUUCUCUUUGUGUUGAGGGGGGCUCUGGGGUGGUCGCGGAAUUGGGUUCUGAGCGCUGGGAAGGGGAAGUGGAGGUCUCUGAAAGAUGAAUUUGGCUGAGAUUUGUGACAAUGCAAAGAAAGGAAGAGAAUAUGCACUUCUUGGAAAUUAUGACUCAUCAAUGGUAUAUUACCAGGGGGUGAUACAGCAGAUUCAGAGACAUUGCCAGUCAGUCAGAGACCCAGCUGUCAAAGGCAAAUGGCAGCAGGUUCGGCAGGAAUUAUUGGAAGAAUAUGAACAAGUUAAAAGUAUUGUCAGCACUUUGGAAAGUUUUAAAAUCGACAAGCCCCCAGAUUUCCCUGUGUCCUGUCAAGGUGAACCAUUUAGAGAUCCUGCUGUUUGGCCGCCCCCUGUACCUGCAGAACACAGAGCUCCACCUCAGAUAAGGCGUCCCAAUCGAGAAGUAAGACCUCUGAGGAAAGAAAUGCCAGGAGGAGGAGCCCGGGGACCUGCAGGCCGAGCACAUCCUAUAUCAAAGAGUGAAAAACCCUCUACAAGUAGGGACAAGGAUUGUAGAGCAAGAGGGAGAGAUGACAAGGGAAGGAAAAAUAUGCAAGACGGUGCAAGUGAUGGUGAAAUUCCAAAAUUUGAUGGUGCUGCAUAUGAUAAGGAUCUGGUGGAAGCCCUUGAGAGAGACAUCGUCUCUAGGAAUCCUAGCAUUCAUUGGGAUGACAUAGCAGAUCUGGAAGAAGCUAAGAAGUUGCUAAGGGAAGCUGUUGUCCUUCCCAUGUGGAUGCCUGACUUUUUCAAAGGGAUUAGAAGGCCAUGGAAGGGUGUGCUGAUGGCCGGGCCCCCAGGCACCGGUAAGACCAUGCUGGCUAAAGCCGUCGCCACCGAGUGUGGCACAACAUUCUUCAACGUCUCCUCUUCCACGCUGACGUCGAAAUACAGAGGGGAAUCUGAGAAGUUAGUUCGUCUGUUGUUUGAAAUGGCUAGGUUUUAUGCCCCCACCACCAUCUUCAUUGAUGAGAUAGAUUCUAUCUGCAGUCGAAGAGGAACCUCUGAUGAGCAUGAGGCAAGUCGCAGGGUCAAGUCUGAGCUACUCAUUCAGAUGGAUGGAGUUGGAGGAGCUUUAGAGAAUGACGAUCCUUCCAAAAUGGUUAUGGUAUUGGCUGCUACUAAUUUCCCAUGGGACAUUGAUGAAGCAUUGCGAAGGAGAUUAGAAAAAAGGAUAUAUAUACCUCUCCCAACAGCAAAAGGAAGAACUGAGCUUCUGAAAAUCAAUCUUCGUGAGGUUGAACUGGAUCCUGAUAUUCAGCUGGAAGAUAUAGCAGAGAAGAUUGAGGGCUAUUCUGGUGCUGAUAUAACUAAUGUUUGCAGGGAUGCCUCUUUAAUGGCAAUGAGACGGCGAAUCAAUGGCCUAAGUCCAGAAGAGAUCCGUGCACUUUCUAAAGAGGAACUUCAGAUGCCUGUUACCAAAGGAGACUUUGAAUUGGCUCUGAAGAAAAUCGCUAAGUCUGUCUCUGCUGCAGACUUGGAGAAAUAUGAAAAGUGGAUGGUUGAAUUUGGAUCUGCUUGAAUUUCUGUCAGCUCUUUCAUUUCUGGUUUUUUGGCUCCAGACAACUCUUUAACUUUGGGAAUAUAUCUCAAUUUCCAGAUGACUUGUUAAUAAAAACAGGAAAAAUAUUAAGGUAACGUCAUCAAAUUUAUUCUUUUUAUUUUACCUUUCUCCUUUGUUGAUUGAUUUUAUUUUAUAUGUAUAGAAAUAACCUAGAUUCUGCUUUGUCACCAGCAGUGUGUAGGUUUCUGUACAUAUGGAAAUUUGGUAGGGAAUUAACGUGGAGGUUUUCCUCCUAUGAAAGGACUCCCAUUUGAUUUUGUGUUCAAAAUUAUAAAAUGCACUUUUGUUUUACAACCUCUGCAAUGACUAAAUAUUGCCCUUUGGAAAACCUGAGUCUUUGCACGUGUUACUUCCAGAGUCUACCUCAGUCAAACAGGCGUAGUUUUAGGUGCGAAUGAAUUGAAACCAUAUGGAAAUUCAUUUCGUCAUCUGCUAUACCUGUGUGUUCGUCUAAGCGCUUCCUUCUCUCUCCUCUCUCACUCACUUUUUUUAACGCUGAAACUUCACUUGAAAAUAUUUGUUGUUCUUCCUCUGGGAAAGCCAUAUAUUCCAAGUGAAGCCUCUACAGAACGUCUCGGUGAGUCUUCCCCUCCUUGUUGGGACAGCUUCCUCACUCGAUGGGCCUCCUGUUUCAAACACAACACACCUCCUCCCGUUUUCUCAUAGCUUCAUAAAUACAAACUCAUGUGACAGCAUUAAAAGUCUCGGGACCUAACUGUUCCUGUCCAAGGACCUAAGUACUUCAUGGAAACACACAGAGGUGGAGACAUGACAUGUCUGUUCACACGGCAGCAGGGCGGCAGGCGUCGCCUUCGGUUAACAUUGUGCGGAGCCAGUGUCCAGCGAGAUCACUGUGUGCUGUAAGUGUUCUGUUAAGACUUUUGUCUCAGUGUCUGUCUCCCAGUAUUCUGAACCUAAUUUAAAGAAAAAGACGUUUCCAAAUUGUAUGUAUUAAAUGUGCGUUUCCUUACAUUUUGUGCGGCUACAUCACUAGCUUCAUGAGCUUAGCUGUGUCUGUGCAUAGGUUGUGGUUUGGUAAUAAAUUUCUAGAGUGUGGCUUGUCGGUGUUUUCUUUGUGGUUCAUAUUUGAUCUGCAGUCACUGGUCCACUUAUUGCCGCCAGUGGGAGUAACAAAUCCCUCACUCGUAAGGGAUGACUUUUUCCGGAGUUUCAGUUCUUACAAAAUCACAUAUUGCGAACCGGACGUUUUGUGUUUGCCGUGCAUUAUGCUAGUAAUUUCAAGGUUGAUGUGGGUAAGAUAAGAAUGGCUUUUCAAUUAAUUCCAACUGGUUUAACAAAG